AUGGCAGGCGUCACCAAACUACGGCUCGCGGGAAGGAACCGGCAGCCAAUGUCAGUUCAUCCGGCCUGGUGUUUCACUUGUUCAUUCCGUAUUUUUCAUUCUUCCUGCGAUUUUCUUUUUCAUUUUUACUUUUAUUUCUUCAUUUUUUUCUCUUAUUUUCAUUUUCCUUUCUUUUUCUUUCAUUCUUUUUUUUUGUUUCUUUCUAAAUAUUUUGUUCCUUUCGCAGAGCAAUCAUUUUUCCUUUCUUUCUUUUUCUUUUUUGUUUCUUUCUUCUUCUUUCUUUCUUUUUGUUUCUUUCUUUUACUUAAUAUACUUUAUCACACAUUUCUUUUUCCUUUCUUUCCAAAUGAACUGUAUCAUUCAUUUUAUUUAAAUAUUUGUUACUAUAUAGGUCUUAAUAUCAUGGAUGACACUUUUCUUUCUUCUUUCUUUCUUCUUUCUUUCUUUCUUUCUUGCACUUUUUUCUUUAUUUAUUAA